GGGUCGCAGGCCGCAGGGGGUAGGGCCUUGUGGGGGCCGCCGGCUGCAUUCCUCCCGCCGUAGAGGUCAUUCCUGCGCUUCUGGGGCACCGAGGAACGGGAUUGGUGGCACUCCCGCCCCAGGGCCCCGCCUCCAAGACCCCAAGUCCCCAGGACCUGCGCUCCCGGCCCCGCCUUCUAACAGGCCCGCCAUCCCCCACGGCCGGCCUCCCGAGGGCCCGUCCCCCUCAGAACACCGCUUUCGAGACCCCAGGGCCCGCCUCCGAUAAGCCCGCAGCUCGGGUAUUCCGGCUCGCGGCCCCGCCUCCAGAAGGCCCGCCCCCAGGGCCGGGGUGGCAGAGGCCCCGGGUUUCAGGCCUUUGGCUCCCGCAUGCCUCCUCUCUCUGGCCGUCUUGCUCUGGGUCUGUGUCCGCGCCGCCUCCUUUCCUUCCUUCCUUCUUUUUCUCCUCGUUCAGACCUCCGUGUUCGCCUUCCCCUCCGCUAGGCCUUCUGCCUUGCCUCGCCCCACACUUCGGCGACCCCUGUCCAGCGUCUCUGCCACCACCCUGACCCUUCGACUCUGCUCUUCGGCCAGGGUCUCUCUGGAGCUUCAGUCGGGCCCUGCCACUUCCUCACAGCUCGACGCGGCCUGGACGGGGGCUUUCCGGCCUGCGGCCUUGCUCCUGCGGGCCCUGGCCUCGCCGCCUCGCUCGCUGCUGUUCUCGAGCUCUGGCUAGGACGGGCCCCUGGCGGCGGCUGGGCCAUGAGGACCGCACUCGUGUACCAUGAGGAAAUGACAGCCGCCCGGCUGCUCUGGGAAGACCCUGAGUGUGAGAUCGAGCGUCCCGAGCGCCUGACCGCAGCCCUCGAGCGCCUGCAGCAGGGGGGCCUGGAGCAGAGGUGUCUACAGUUGGCAGCUCGAGAGGCCUCAGAGGCAGAGCUGGGCCUGGUACACAGCCCAGAGUACGUGUCCCUGUUGCGAGGAACCCAGGCCUUGGGUACAGAGGAAUUACAGGCUCUGUCUGGGCAGUACGAUGCUGUCUACUUUCAUCCGAGUACCUUCCACUGUGCCCGGUUGGCCGCGGGGGCCGCGCUGCAGCUGGUGGAUGCUGUGCUCACAGGAUCCGCGCACAAUGGGCUUGCCCUGGUGAGACCUCCUGGGCACCACAGCCAGAGGGCUGCUGCCAACGGGUUCUGCGUGUUCAACAACGUGGCCAUAGCAGCCAAACACGCCCAGCAGAAACACGGUCUGCAAAGGAUCCUCAUUGUCGACUGGGAUGUCCACCAUGGUCAGGGCAUCCAGUAUAUCUUUGAGGAUGAUCCCAGUGUGCUUUACUUCUCCUGGCACCGCUAUGAGCAUGGUUGCUUUUGGCCUUAUCUUCGAGAGUCAGAUGCAGAUGCCGUUGGGCUGGGGCAGGGCCGUGGCUUCACUGUCAACCUGCCCUGGAACCAGGUUGGGAUGGGAAAUGCUGACUAUAUGGCCGCCUUCCUGCAUGUGCUGCUCCCUGUGGCCUUUGAGUUUGACCCUCAGCUGGUGCUCAUCUCGGCAGGAUUUGACUCAGCAAUUGGGGAUCCUGAGGGGCAGAUGCAGGCCACGCCUGAGUGCUUCGCCCACCUCACGCAGCUGCUGCAGGUGCUGGCUGGCGGCCGGGUCUGUGCUGUGCUGGAGGUGACUGUGGCAGCAGGGAGGGCUCGCAGGCCAGGUGUCGAGGGAGGCUACCACCUGGAGUCACUGUCCCAGUCGGUGUGCAUGGUGGUGAAGGCGCUGCUGGGUGACCCUGCCCCGCCCCUGUCAGGGUCCAUGGUGCCUCAGCACAGUGCUCUGGAGUCCAUCCAGAGUGUCCGGGCAGCCCAGGCCCCUCACUGGACUAGCCUUCAGCAGCAAGGGCCGGCCCCCCUACUGGACCCCAGGACCUGCUCCCCAGAGGGGAGACGCCCACCUGUGUUGCCUGGGGGGCCCGAAUUCAAGGCAGCAGAGGCCCAGACCUCGGCUGUACUGAGGUCCCUCCUGGACCAGCCGCACCUCUACCCCACACCCCCUGUCCGCACAGCUGCCGCCCUGACAGCUCAGGAUGCUGCUCUGGUCCUACCCCCUGAUGUUCUCCGUCAAGAGGGGUCAGCCCCACAGGAGGAGACACAGGCCUGGGCUAGGCUCCACGAGGCUCUGGCCGAGGACACGGCUUUCAUUGCACUUGGAAAGGUCCUGCAUCUAUUGAACGGGAUCCUGGAUGGACAGGUGAGCGGUGGCAUCGCAACAACCCCAGCUGCAGCAGCCACCCUGGAGGUGGCCAUUCGGUGCGGCCUGUCCCACAGAGCCCAGAGGGUGCUCUGUGUGGCUGCGGGACAGCUGGAUCGGCCCCCAGACCUUGCCAGUGAUGGGAGGAAUCUGUGGCUGAACAUCAGAGGCAAAGAAGCGGCUGCCCUGUCCACGUUCCACGUGUCUGUGCCACUGCCAGGGACGACAGGUGGAUUCUUGAGCUGCAUCCUGGCCCUUGUGCUGCCCCUGGCCUAUGGCUUCCAGCCUGACCUGGUGCUGGUGGCACUGGGACCAGCCCAUGGCCUCCAGGACCCCCAAGCUGCACUCCUGGCUGCACUUCUACGGGGACCAGCGGGGGGCCGAAUCUUGGUCCUAGUGGAGCAGGAAUCCACAUCCCAGCUUGUGGGGGUCCUGGCCCGGGUGUUGCAUGGAGAGGCACCCCCCAGCCUGGGUCCCUUCUCCGUGGCUUCCCCCGAGGACCUGCAGGCCCUGAUACGCUUGAGAGGGCAGCUGGAAGCACAGUGGAAGAUGCUGCAGGUGGCCGCUCCUUCUUGAGUUCUGUGACCUGGUGGCUUGAAAUUGGCCAGGCUGGAAGUCUUUUCACCCCAGAAAUGACAAUACAAGUUAGUCCCCCAAGAGCCACUUAUUAAACAUUCGCCAGUACCCCACUGCCUGAGGCCUUUGUGCAGAGGGCCGGGCUAUGGAGUUGUCCAGGGCACUGGGUCAGGGACACUCUGUCCACGGCAGUGACCUGGAGCCCCCCUCCAGUGGCCCACCUCUUCACGGAUGGCCCCAUCCUCAUUUCCCACACUUCUAUUAACCUUAAAAAUAAAAGUUAUUUUACCAGCAAAAAUGGGUUUAUUCAGGAGUAGCAGAGAAUUGCAAUUUGGGACAAGUAGACUAUGGCAAAACCCUAGGCAAGUCCAACAAGCAAAGAGGAACGUUAUUUUAUGGAGAAGAAGGAAGAAGCUGGGAA